AUGGUGAAGAAGAUAGAAAUCACCCAGCAUAUCAAGCACAACUGCAGUUUUUGUGGAAAGGAUAGCAUGAAACGAAUUUUGACCUCCAAAAGAUGA